CACCCCCUGCCCUGGGGCCCCUACUCCAGCUCGUUGUUUCCCCGUCACUCCAGGUCGGUUUUUCCCGGCAACUCUUGGUGUGACUUCCAAACUUCUGGGCUCCAGGCUCACUUCGGAAUUUGCCCCCGCCUCCCGCUUGCUCCCCGCGGGCCCCAGGAAAUCGCGAGCACCCCAGUCUCCGCCUGACCAGCGCACUCGGGGACCGUGGGCGGAGCAGCUUGCGAGGAGGGCAGCCGGGGGCGAUGAAACCAUCUUGGCUACAAUGUCGCAAAGUCACCGGCGCCGGGGGCCUCGGGGGGCCCCUGCCCGGGUCCUCUCCAGCCCGGGGAGCCGGUGCGGCCCGCAGGGCUUUCGUGGCCCCGGGCCCGUGGGGCGGUCUCGGGGGCCGGGGCUGCAGGGCGCUGACCUCGGGCAGCGUCGGCGAGUACAAGACGCACUUCGCGGCCUCGGUGGCCGACCCGGAGAGGUUCUGGGGCCAAGCUGCCGAGCAGAUCAGCUGGUACAAACCCUGGACCAAAACGCUAGAGAACAGACACCCUCCUUCCACCAGUUGGUUCGUGGAAGGAGUGCUUAACAUUUGUUACAAUGCCAUCGAUCGUCAUAUCGAAAAUGGUAAAGGAGAUAAGAUUGCUAUCAUCUAUGACAGUCCUGUUACAAAUACUAAAGCAACUAUUACCUAUAAAGAAGUUCUGGAGCAGGUCUCUAAGCUGGCUGGUGUUUUGGUCAAGCAUGGCAUCAAGAAAGGUGACACUGUGGUCAUCUACAUGCCCAUGAUCCCGCAGGCAAUGUAUACCAUGCUGGCGUGUGCAAGGAUAGGGGCCAUCCACAGUCUCAUAUUUGGGGGAUUUGCAUCCAAAGAACUAAGUAGUCGCAUCGACCAUGUAAAGGUAUGUGCUUUAUUUGGGGAAAUCUACAGACCUUGGCCAGUAAAAGUCUUUGUACAGGAGACUGUUCCUUUGGCUCCAGAUCGUGAUCUUGAUUGGGAUGAAGAGAUGGCAAAAGCACAAUCACAUGACUGUGUUCCUGUUCUUUCAGAACAUCCACUGUAUAUUCUUUACACAUCUGGAACUACGGGCUUGCCUAAGGGUGUGGUUAGGCCCACCGGGGGGUAUGCUGUGAUGCUAAACUGGACAAUGUCCUCUAUAUAUGGACUUAAACCUGGAGAGGUGUGGUGGGCAGCUUCUGACUUGGGCUGGGUUGUUGGACAUUCCUAUAUCUGUUAUGGACCUCUUAUACAUGGAAACACAACAGUUUUAUAUGAGGUAAUACAAUUAAUAAGAUUCAAAACAUUAUUUGUGGCUGGAGAACGAUGUGAUGUGGAGACCCUGGAAUGGUCCAAAAAGGUCUUCAGAGUACCUGUCCUAGACCAUUGGUGGCAAACUGGUUUUCAGGGAUACUAUGAUACUAUGGAUGCUGGUUACAUGGAUGAAGAAGGCUAUUUGUAUGUUAUGUCUCGAGUUGAUGAUGUAAUAAAUGUUGCAGGUCACAGGAUUUCUGCAGGUGCCAUUGAAGAGUCAGUCCUUUCCCAUGGUACUGUGGCAGACUGUGCUGUUGUUGGCAAGGAAGAUCCUUUGAAAGGUCACGUCCCCUUAGCACUCUGUGUGUUGAAAAAAGAUAUAAAUGUAACAGAGGAAAAAGUUUUAGAAGAAAUUGUGAAACACGUUAGACAGAACAUUGGCCCUGUGGCUGCUUUUCGAAAUGCUGUGUUUGUCAAACAGUUACCUAAAACUAGAUCUGGCAAAAUACCCCGAUCAGCUCUAUCUGCCCUUGUCAACGGCAAGCCAUACAAGGUAACUUCUACAAUUGAAGACCCCAGCAUUUUUGGCCACAUAGAAGAAGUGCUGAAACAGGCCCUAUGACUUCUUUUUUUCUAUUUUGAGUCAAUUUGGGUUAAUUUCUAAAUUGAAAUUAAGUUAUUUGAGUUAAAUAUUUAAUAGAAAUUGCUUGCAAA